CUCCCACCCCAAUUGCAGCGUGCUUUCGUCGUGUUAAAUACAGACGCACGACGGACGGAGAUAAUUCAUCCCCCGGUUGUUACUUAUCGUCCUUCCCCGCAUCUCCCAACCCGGCUAUCCGAACCUCGUGCGUGCGUUGUGUCUUUAUUUAUUCCCGUUCUUCCACUCAAGAUGGAGAAGCUCGCCCGGCCUAUUCUUCAGCAGCUGUCCCGCCCACGCGCAAGAUAUCCCUUUACAAUUCCAACCCUAUACGGAAGACGACGAUACGCAAUGCACACAAUUCCUCCAUUGAAAGAUAAAUCACUCCUUAUUGGCAAGUGUUUUGUCAAUGGAGAGUGGGUGGAUGCGAAAAGCGGGGAAACGUUCGAAGUGACCGAUCCCUCGACGGGAAAGCUCAUUGGAACCUGCCCCGAAUUCACCGCCGAAGAAACCCAAAAGGCGAUCGACGCGGCAUCUGCGUCUUUUCCCUCGUUUCGCAAAACUUUGGCCCGGGAGCGGGCUCGUAUGCUACGAAGAUGGUACCAGUUGAUGAUGGAUAAUGCGGAGGACCUGGCGACGCUGAUCACAUGGGAGAACGGCAAGCCAUAUGCGGAUGCUAAGGGAGAAGUAGUCUACGCCGCCAAUUUUUUCGAAUGGUUCAGUGAAGAGGCUCCUAGAGUUUACGGAGACACCAUCCCAUCGUCCGUCCCAGGCAACAGAGUUAUGACCCUGAAGGAGCCGAUUGGGGUCUGUGGAUUCAUCACCCCAUGGAAUUUCCCCGCUGCUAUGAUCACCAGGAAAAUCGGCCCUGCCUUGGCUGCCGGAUGUACAGUUGUGGCAAAGUCUCCAGGCGAGACACCCUUCACAGCAAACGCUAUCAUGGAGUUAGGUCGCCGCGCGGGAAUUCCCAAAGGCGUUGUCAACCUUGUGACAGCUUUGAAAAAUACCCAGGAGCUUGGGAUGUGUUUGACCACCCACCCAGACAUCCGCAAAGUCUCUUUCACCGGCUCCACCAACGUGGGAAAGCUUCUUAUGAAGCAAUCCUCAUCUACAGUGAAGAAGCUAUCUUUCGAACUGGGUGGGAACGCCCCGUUCAUUGUAUUUGACGAUUGCCCUGAUCUCGACGCUGCUGUUGCUGGCGCCGUCGCUUCCAAAUUCCGUAGUUCGGGACAGACUUGCGUCUGUGCCAACCGUAUCUAUGUUCAAAAAGGAAUCUACGAUGAAUUUGCGGCUAAAUUUGCUGAGAAGGUCAGGGGCUUCAAGCUCGGUUAUGGUUUUGAUGAGGGUGUCACUCAUGGACCGGUCAUCCACUCCCGCGCAGUUGACAAGGUUACCCAACACGUCCGCGAUGCUGAAGCAAAGGGAGGGAAAGUUAUCCUGGGCGGAAAGCCAGCGAGCGAACUUGGCCCGAAUUUCUUCCAUCCGACGGUUGUCACGGGUAUGACCAAGGAUAUGUUGAUGGCAUCCGAGGAGACGUUUGGUCCUGUAGCAGGCCUCUUCCCGUUCGAGACGGAAAAAGACGUCGUCGAGUGGGCUAAUAAGGCUGAGGUGGGCCUUGCCGGAUACUUUUAUAGUAAGGAUAUUCGACGGAUCUAUCGCGUUGCUGAGGCCCUUGAAGUUGGCAUGAUUGGCGUCAAUACCGGAAUUAUCAGUGAUACUGCUUCGCCAUUCGGCGGAGUUAAGCAAAGUGGGUUUGGCCGUGAAGGCAGUAAGUAUGGAAUCGAUGAGUUCUUAAGCAUCAAAACAAUUACUUUCGGAGGCAUGGGUGGAGAACUUCAAGGGCACUUGUGA